UUUAUUUGGAAUCUUUGGAUAUGAGUUUAGGGGGAGAAAAGAAAAAUGUGGUUGUGAUUGGGGGUGGAGUUGCUGGUUCUGUUGUAGCAAAAACCCUUCAAAAUGAGGUCAAUGUUUCCCUCAUUGAUGAGAAAGAGUAUUAUGAGAUAACAUGGGCAAGCUUAAGGUGUAUGGUUGAACCUGAAUUUGCAAAAAGAUCCGUCAUUUCUCACGCUGAAUACCUCCCUCAUGCGAAAAUCAUUCCGUCAGCUGCAGUUGACAUCACAGACACUUAUGUAUUGACCAAACAAGGCAGCCGAAUUGCAUAUGACUAUCUUGUAGUUGCCACUGGUCAUACACAAAGCGGUUUUGAGACGAGAACGGAGAAGAUCAGUCAGUACCAAGCAGAGUAUGAAAAGAUAAAGGCUGCUGAUUCCAUAUUGAUAGUCGGAGGAGGGCCAACAGGUGUGGAGUUGGCUGCUGAAAUUGUUGCAGAUUUUCCUGCUAAGAAGGUGACAUUGGUGCAUAGAGGAUCAAGAUUAUUGGAAUUUAUUGGAGAAAGCGCCAGCAAAAAGGCGCUGAAUUGGCUUACUUCAAAGAAAGUUGAAGUCAUAUUGGAGCAAUCAGUCCUUGUUAACUCUCAAUCAGAUGGUGUUUAUAGAACAUCUGGUGGAGAAACUAUAGUUGCUGAUUGUUAUUUUCUUUGCACCGGUACACUAUUUGGUUCAGUAUGGUUAAAACAAACUAUCUUGAAGGAUAGUUUGGACAGUCGUGGAAAGGUAAUGGUUGAUUCAAAUUUGAGGAUCAAGGCUCGCAAAAAUAUCUUUGCUAUUGGGGACAUCACUGAUGUUCCGGAACUUAAACAAGGAUAUUUGGCUCAAGAACACGCAAAGGUAGUAGCCAAGAACAUCACGUCGUUAAUAAAGGGAGUGGAAGAUGAUCACAAAUUGGCUGUAUAUAAACCAGCAACCAAGGCAUUGGCUAUAGUUUCUCUAGGGAGAAAAGAUGCAGUGGCUCAAUUUCCUUGUUUGUCAAUCGCUGGACGCAUUCCAGGCAUGAUAAAAUCUGGGGAUCUAUUUGUUGGAAAGACGCGCAAAGGACUUGGUCUACAGCCCAGCGUUUAGUUGUCCUGCUUAUAAUGCAUGUUAGAGAAGUUAACAUCUACGUACAUUGUACCAUUCCAUUACUCCAUUUGUGGGAUUGCACGGUGUAUGUUGCUGUUGGUGGUUAUUUGUGGACAUGUAAACUAUAUAUCAAUAUUCUGGUUUUAGCUAUUAUAGCAAAGGCAAUUAUUAUCAAGUAUAUCUAAUGGCAUGUUUGUUUAUCAAAA